UAAAACAUCAAUUUCACAAUUCCAAUAUGGUAAGCAGCUCCCUAGCCAAUAUGGUAACUCUUGAGCAAGUCAGGAAUGAUCAACGUGCUAGGGGGCCUGCCACUGUGUUGGCUAUCGGAACCGCAGUUCCUUCUAAUUGUGUCGAUCAAAGCGCUUAUCCGGAUUAUUAUUUUCGUGUCACAAACAACCAACAUAAGACUGAGUUGAAAGAAAAGUUCAAGCGCAUCUGCGAGAAGUCGAUGAUAAAGAAGCGAUACUUGCACUUAACCGAGGAGAUUUUGAAAGAAAAACCAGAAUUAUGCGAGUACAUGGCGCCUUCAUUGGAUACAAGGCAAGACAUUCUGGCGGUUGAGACACCGAAGCUAGGAAAAGAAGCAGCCUUGAAAGCUAUCGAAGAAUGGGGACAACCCAAAUCAAAGAUCACCCAUUUAGUCUUCGCCGCAAGUGGCGGCGUCGAAAUGCCCGGGGCAGACUACCAGCUGAUCAAACUCCUCGGACUUGAUCCUUCCGUUAAACGUACCAUGAUUUAUACGCAAGGAUGCUUCAUCGGAGGAUCAAUGAUCCGAUUAGCCAAGGAUUUCGCUGAGAACAACAAGAACGCGAGAGUUCUCAUCAUCUCCUCAGUGAUAACCGCGAUCAAUUUCCGCGGUCCAAGCGAGAAACAUCCCGAAGACCUAGUCUCUCGAGCGCUGUUGGGCGACGGAGCAGGCGCCCUUAUAAUCGGAGCUGAUCCUUUGCCGGUGGAGAAGCCGUUGUUCGAGUUGGUGUCUGCGGCGCAAACGAUUUUACCUGGAAGCGAUGGGGCGAUUGUGGGUUAUCUACGUGAAGUAGGGGUCAUGAUUAAUCUGAGUAAAGAUGUUGUUAAGAUUAUAUCUAAGAACAUUGAGAAAGCCCUGGUGGAAGCAUUUCGACCAUUGGGGAUUUCAGAUUGGAAUUCGAUUUUCUGGAUCGCUCAUCCAGGUGGGCCGGCGAUACUUAAUCGAAUCGAGGCGGAGUUGGGACUGAAACAAAAGAAGUUUAGGGCGUCUAGGCAAGUGUUGAGCAAUUAUGGAAAUUUGUCGGGAGGGAGUGUGUAUUUUAUAAUGGAUGAGAUGAGGAAGAAAUCCAAGGAGGAAGGGUUGAAGACGACCGGAGAAGGGCUUGAGUGGGGAGUCCUGUUAGGGUUUGGGCCGGGAAUUACGGUGGAGACGCUGGUUCUCCGUAGCGUCGCCGUCGCAGUUUGAGUGUUUUCGUUGCUUUAUGCUCUACUGUUAUUGUUACUCUGUUUUAUUUGAAUAUUGUACUUUGCCUAAUUUGCUAUGUCCAAUCCUUUUAUGUUAUGUUAUGAUGGGACUAAAAUAAAUGUUUUGUUUCUAUC